AUGAAUCCAGAGUUCAUAGAAACCCCUAAUGAAAUUAAUCACAAUGAUGCCAAACAUCUGACAGAGGAUUCAGGAUCUGAAAAGUCAGAAAACUUGGCAAAGAGGUCUAAAGUAUCAACUAUUCGGAGGAUAUUUGAUAUGGCGAAGCAUCGAACCAAGAGAUCCUCUUUUAUCUCAACUGGAGUGAAAGUCUGCCCUCAAGAAUCAGUGAAGCAAAUUUUAGCAAGCCACCAAGCUUAUUAUAGGCUAAGAGUUUGCCAGGAAGCAGUUUGGGAGGCUUUCCAGAUCUUUUUGGAUCGGAUUCCAGGUACAACCGAAUAUCAGAACUGGGUGACAGCUUGUCAAAGAGAAACUUUCUAUAUAUUUGACAUUGGGAAAAAUUUUAGUAAUUCCCAAGAACACCUGGAGAUAAUUCAAAGGCGAGUAAAGCAUAGAACAUUCCAGGAUAGAAAAGAGGACAUUUCUCCAGAAAAAUCCAGUGGCAAAAAAACCGAAGAACCGCCUUCUGUUAUUACAGGUAAAACUAAGCAUGCCUACUAUAUGGCACCCCACAAUACCCUUGUGAAUGAGAUUGUCAAUGACACCAAAACACCAGGAAAGCCAGAAGUUCCAAACAUCAUUUCCAAGCUGCCUGUGGAGCAAACGGUGGAGUUCAGUGUCACUCUCAGCAACCAGGAAUAUACACCAGACUUGAAUAACCCAGAUUCUCCUCUGUAUCAGAAACUAGCAGCAAAAUAUCAACUCCAGAUGCAAAAGAUAUUUGAAAAACUUGCAGGUUUCAAAGAAAUUCGCGUCUUAGGAUUUAGACAGAAGAAGGAAAAAGAUGGGACAAGCAGCACUGUGGCACAAUAUAUUGCCAACUUUGAAAGAGAUGGUUCAGAACUACCUGCGGAUGGUACUGACGUCAAAAAAAUUGAAAGCGAGAAGAGCAUUCUUGGCGAAGAGAAGGAGAUACCUACAUUUGUACCAAAAAUAGCAGACCUUCAGCAGAUGGUUGCCAUGCUCUUACAAGAAGAUAAAUCAUUAUUCAUGGACUUUGAAACACUCCAGUUUAAGGAUGAAAUCAUCAGGCCAUUUACUGAUAUAAAUAAUGAUAUGCAGCCAAUGGUAACAGAUGCUCUAGCUGGAGCUGAAUUGACUUCUGGAAUGCCUUUCAUUUAUGCAAAUGUAACAACAGUGACAAAAAACUUUAGUGAAGUAGAUUACCCAGUCUCCACCAUGUCUUCUACUGUCUUGGAGACCACGGGGAUUCUCUUUCCUUCAACAUUUAAAGAAAUCACCAGUCAGAAGAUUGAAGAAGAAAUGACAAAAUAUCCAAUUUCCAUCAUCUUCUCGGAGCAAGUGGAAAAGACUACAGAACAACUGGAAUCUUCGGGGGAGGAGAUUUUGCUGCCCUUGACCACAAUGCCAUCUGUCAUUCACUCCACCGUUCUUCCAAGAGAUGAUAUUUUAGAGCCUACAGAUCAGUUGACUUUAUUGCCAGCAGAUACCUCCACUGGCCCUUCCACUGACAUAAACCAAUUUUUGGAAGCCACAAGCUCCAUGUGGGCAACCUCAGAUGGUUUUGAAAUGGGAGUGCAGGACCUUGCCACUGAGUUAGUUAUCACUGACAUGAUGGCCCCAGUGACAGUGGAGGAGGAGGAGGAGGAGGAGGGAAGUGGCUACCAUACAUUGCCAGAAACCCCAGGUAUGACUCCAGCUCCUUCCCUGAAGUAUAUAACCACAAGCUCCAUGACAGCUGCAAUCCAAGGCCAAGAGCUGGUGGUAUUCUUCAGCUUGAGGGUGACCAACAUGCGCUUUUCCAAUGACCUCUUCAAUCAGAGUUCCACUGAGUACAAAGCACUUGAACAACAGUUCGUACAGCUGCUCGUUCCCUAUCUACAAUCCAAUCUUACAGGAUUUAAGCAGUUGGAAAUACUGAAUUUCCGCAAUGGAAGUGUGAUUGUAAAUAGCAAAAUGAAGUUUGUGGAGUCAGUGCCAUACAACAUCACAGAGGCUGUUCACUGUGUGUUGGAAGAUUUCUGCAAUGCAGCUGCUCGGCGUCUUAACUUAGAAAUUGACAGCUCUUCUCUUGAAAUAGAGCCAGCGGAUCAAGCAGACCCUUGCAAGUUCUUGGCAUGUGAUGCAUUCUCACGGUGCCUAAAGGAUGACUGGACAAAGGAGGCAAUUUGUCUUUGUAAACCUGGUUAUGCAAGAAAAGAAGGCCCGCUUUGCCGUAGCAUAUGCGAGAUAGAGCCAAACAUUUGUGCUAACGGUAGCAAAUGCGAAUUGGUUCCGGAAAGAGGUGCAGUGUGUAGGUAUGUCCCUUUAUUAUAAGGUUGAUCAUGAAUAUUAAUGGUACCAUGGAUAUGGAUAAGUGCAGCGGCAAUUAUUUUGCAAUUCUCAAAUGGCAUUAACGUUUGCUUGGAUUGUCAGUAUGAGAAGAGAACAUUCUGCAUGCAGAUUUUGUGCUCUGUUAUUAAACAAAGUUUCCCAUUCAAACU